AAUAUUCGUAAUUUAUGCCCCCAUGCCUUGAUCGGUAAGAAAACCCUAAAACUCAAAAGUUUGGUCAGCAGCCUCGUAACUGAAGCCGAACCCUGGUCUAUGCGGCGGUUCUGCGGAGAGUGUACCGCAAUAAAGCUACCAUUGUUAGGGUUUUCGUUUUUCUGCGAAAAUGACAAAAUUCAGGAAGCUGGGUCGACCCACAGGUCACCGUAUGUCCAUGCUCAGAACCAUGGUUUCCCAGUUGGUGAAACACGAGCGUAUCGAAACUACUGUGGCCAAGGCCAAAGAGAUCAGACGACUAGCGGAUAAUAUGGUUCAGCUUGGAAAGGAGGGAUCUCAAUGUGCUGCAAGACGUGCUGCUAGUUUUGUACGAGGAGAUGAUGUCCUUCACAAGCUGUUUACAGAACUGGCUUAUCGGUACAAGGAUAGAGCUGGAGGAUACACCAGAUUGCUGCGGACCCGAAUUCGAGUGGGUGAUGCUGCACCAAUGGCCUAUAUUGAGUUUAUUGACAGAGAAAAUGAGCUUAGGCAGGCAAAGCCACCAACUCCUCAGCCGCCACAGAGAGCACCCCUGGACCCCUGGACACGUUCUCAUCUCAGUAGGCAAUUUGCUCCUCCUAAAGAGGAAAAAUCUGGAUCUGAUUUGUGAUUCUAUCGAAAGCAAUGCGGAUACUGUGCUUUUCCCUCCAUAGCAUGGGAUAUCUGAAUUUUUGUCUUGCUUAUUUAAUCUAUCUUCAAAUGGUUUGAAAAAAAAAGUAUUCUCUUACUACUAGAGAAAAUGUUCAUCGCUAUGUAAAAAUAAUUCAACUGAAUCUAUAAUUGACCAAAGAAAAGGAAAAUCUCAGAACACAUUUAUCUUUCUGAA